UAUAAAUUAUUUAUAAAUUGUAAUUAGUAAAUAAAUAUUGUAGAAGUAGAUUGGUGUAAGGGUUAAGUAUGGUAAAAGUUAAAGAAAUUAAACUUACCACUAAUUCAAUUAGUAAAACUAAUCUUGUGGCAGUAUUAACAAUUGCUGGAUCGGAUUCUUCAGGUGGAGCUGGGAUUGAAGCUGAUUUAAAGACUUUAACAGCUCAUGGAGUUUAUGGUUUAACAUGUAUUAGUGCUUUAACAGCUCAAAAUACUCAAUUAGUCAAAUCAUUUGAAAAGACACCUCAACCAUUACUUGAAAGUAUCUUAGAAUUAAAUUUUAAUGACUUUUUAUUUGGUUACGAUCAUGAACCACCAUUAAAAGUAGUUAAAACAGGUAUGCUUACUAGAGAAGCAAUUAAUGCUUUAACACCUUAUUUAUCAGAAUUAAAUAAAUUUAAUGUCAAAUUAGUAUUGGAUCCAGUAAUGGUUAGUACUUCUGGUUCUACAUUAUUUAAAUUACAAGAUUUAAAAUAUUGUGCUGAUCAUUUAUUCAAACAUGCUUAUUUGAUUACUCCUAAUUUUAUUGAAGCUCAGGCUUUAGUAAAGACUUUGAGUAAUCGCGAUAUCGAAAAAAUCCAAUCAUUAGAUGAUUUACUUAAGUUUGUUAAGGAUGUUCAAACCAUUGUGGGAUGUGAAAAUGUUCUUGUUAAAGGGGGUCAUUUACCAUGGGAUAUUAAUACUGGAAAGCCAACAACCGAUGCAGAUACAGAUACAAAUUCAGAUUUUGCCGAUCAUAUAGUGGUAAAAGAUGUACUUUAUGAAUCUAAACUGGAUACAUUUACUAUUUAUGAAUCAGAAUAUAUAAAUUCCGAAGAUACUCAUGGAACUGGAUGUACAUUAGCUUCAUCAAUUUCAGCUAAUAUUGCUAAAGGUUAUAAUUUAAGUGAUGCUAUACCAUUAUCUAUAGAUUAUAUUCAUCAAGGAAUGAAAUCCAUGGGUCAAAAACUUGGUCAUGGUAAUGGUCCAUUAAAUCAUAUAAAUAAUCCUACUACUAAUAUUAAUUCAAUUAUUGCUAGUAAAUCUCAUCCAUUUAAUCAUAAAGAUGUAUUACAAUACUUUAAGGAACAUCCAAAAAUUAAAGAUAAUUGGAAGGCAUAUACUCAACAUGAAUUUAUUAGACAAGUAGUUCAUGAUAAACUUCCAUUUGAUAGAUUUCUUUACUUUUUAAAGCAAGAUUAUUAUUACUUAAUUAAUUAUGCUCAAAUCCAUGCCUUAGCUGCAUCAGUUGCUCCCACUUAUAAUCAAACUCAUUCUGAAUCUCUUAUUAUUGGUAAUAUUGUUAAUGAAAUUGAAAGACAUAAACAAAAAUUAUGUGAUGAAUAUGAUAUAGAUUAUGAAAGAGAUAAAGAUCUUGAUAUAGAACUUCAACCUGGUUCCGCAUGUUUAGCUUAUUGUGAUUAUUUACUUAAGAUGGGGAAAUCUCAAGAUUUUAUUGGUAUUAAGGUUGCCUUAGCUCCAUGUUUACAUGGGUAUGCUGAAGCGGGGAUUUAUGGAAAGCAAUUAAGAGAAAGUAAUAAAGAUCAAACGAUUUCAGCAGUUUACGAGUCAUGGUUGGGAGAUUAUUCAUCAGAAUGGUAUUUGAAUGCUCAUGAAGAAGGUAAACAAGCACUCAAUGAGUUAUUUAGAGAUGAGAAAUUGACACAAGAGAGAAUAGAUGAGUUGGUGGAUAUUUUCAAUACUGUGACUCGAUUAGAGGAAGCGUUUUGGGAUGAAUGCUUGGAGAGAGUUCAGUAGGGGAUACUAUAGACGUUUAUAGAGGAGUUAUUACAGAAUAUAUGAACUAUUAUGGAUUGGAGUAGGACUACUGAAAUGUAGAAUACUAUGUAAAUCUAUGGGACAGUAGUUGUAGAACAAGACUAUCAUACUCCACUAUAAUCUAC